UUAGAGAAAGAGGAACCACGAUGUUGACACGAUAUUUUGGUCCUGUGAGAGUCUCAAAAGUGGAGUUAAACUGAACAUAAGACUGGACUAAAACAAGUUGCACUGCUUGGACCUGAUCAGAUGUUUAAUCUUUGGAAAACUGUGAUUAUAGUAGUCACUUCUGUUUCCAGACAGCGGGCUGCUUUAUCAUUUUUUCCCCUGUAUUCUCAGACGUUUGGUUAUUAACAGCAUGAGCAGCGAUGAUCACACCAUCUCCUCUGUUCAGAUGCCUUUUCCUGCUGUUCAGCCUGUCUCUGUGUGAAGGUCAGUCUCAGCUGAUUGGUCCUCCUCAGCCCAUAGUGGCGAUGGUUGGUGAUGACAUCAUCCUGCCAAGCCACCUGGACCCUGCUGUGGACGUUAUUGACAUGAUAGUGGAGUGGACUAGACCUGACCUGGACCACAGACUUGUCCUUCAGUGGCGUCACGGCUGGGAGCUUGAGCAUAAAAAACACCCGUCCUACGAGGGCAGAACAUCUCUGUCUCUGGGCAAACUGACGAAUGGAGACGUUUCACUGAAACUCUCUAAAGUGAAACUCUCUGAUGAAGGAAAAUACAGAUGUUUCAUCCCUUCACUGGGCAGAGAAUCGAUAGUGGAGCUUGUUGUUCGACAAACCGAGAAAAAUGUGAGGGUGUUUGCGUGGGCCGGUGAAAACGUCGUGCUGCCUUGUGAGAUCCCCCCCACAGAGGACAUCUCAGUGGAGUGGUCCAAGGAGGGCCUGAAACCGGAGGUGGUCUACCUUUACCGUGACAGCUGCGAGACACACGAGAUGAAGAACCCGGCCUACGUCUUCAGGACACACCUGUUCAUGACAGAGAUGAAAAACGGAAACAUCUCGUUGAUGAUCUCCAAUGUGCAGCCCAGUGACACGGGGAUCUACCGCUGCCGCAUCGUCUCUACGCAACAAAUCAUUAAAACUGUUCACCUAACUGUGGGUGAAGCGUCUCAGUCUGAAAUCUCAAUCACCAGCGAUGGAGAGACCCUACAGUAUGAGGUUUGCUGGUUGCCAAAGCCUGAGGUCGAGUGGCUGAAUGACCAGGGCAAAGUCAUCAAAGGCACACAUUCAACUGAAACCCUGAGAAACCCUGAUGUCAACCAGUGCUAUACAGUGACGAGCACAGUGAAGGUCCAGAGCAGCGACAGCAGCAGAAAGCUCACCGCCAGAAUUCGUCAACCGCAGAUCAACAACAUCAUGAAGAUCAAUUUCCAGUUACCAGAUAAAAGCACAGGAUACUUGGUUGGCAUUAUUGUUUCAAGCAUUUUAUCACUUGCAGUUGGAGUUGGAGUUGGAAUUUUUGUCACAAAGAAAAUGCCAAAGGAAGCUGAACGGAGCCACACACCGAUACCAGCAACAAGCAGGAGGUCCUCCAGUGACAGUGCAGCUAGCACAGAGGAUAACUUGCUGCUUCUGGAUUCAAAAAAGAGGUUGAAACAGCCGGCUGAACCCAAGUCACAGCCGCGCGUUGAAGCCAACGACCAGAUGCAAAAUCAACAGCUGAACAGGCAACAGUCUGUCGUCACCGAGGCCCCUAAUUCUGUCCCGCACAUCAGUGGUAAUGGCAACACCAGCUCCUCACCGCAAAGUCCCACCAACUGCAGUCCACACACUGGCAUGUUUGCCAAUGACAGCAACGCAAAGCCAAGUCUGUCACCCUUCAGGAACCAGCCAUGCUUCAUCGAAUCCUCCCAGAGUGAGGGUCCAAAAUAUAGACAGGACGGCGGUCUUCCACCUCGCAGCCCAAGCCAUGGCUUCAUCCCGUCGCACAUCGGCAGUCCUAAACGCAGCACUCCUGAUCUCUCUAAAGCAGCUGCAGGAUCGACCACUUCACUUUUCAACAAUCCUUUGGCGCAGAAAUCCAGUUUCCAUGUUCGUUCCAAAAGUUGCUAUCUCCCUGUGUGCGGUCCUUAAGCUUCCAUGCAUGGGAAAAAGAGUCCUUCAUUUAGAGCAGAUGAAAGUCAUCUCCUGGCUGAGUUAGACCAAGAGACCAACAUAACCCAACAUGCUGGGUCAGACCAAUAACCCAACUGUGCUGUGUUAUAACAACCCAGUGCUGGGUCGGUCCCUUUUUGACCCAGCACUGGGUUACCAAAAUAACCCAAAUUGAGUUGUUUUUAACCCAGCAGUUUGUAGAGUGUAUUAAGUCCUAACUUAAGUGCCUUGAAUUUAUUUGUGUGAAUAGAUAAUAUAAAAAACAACAAUAAAGUGCUCAUCAUGGCACAAUUUGAAAGGCUGCAGGUUUUAUCAGCUGAUUGUUGCCAUUUGUUAAAGCACUUUCAGGUCAAUUAAAUUUG